AUGGGGGAGGUGGAGCCGGGGCCCGCGGGCCCGCUGGAGCCCCCGGAGCCGCCCGAAGCGCCCGCUAACCGCCGGCCGGGAGGGAUCCGGGUUCUGAAGAGAAAUAUGAAACGAAAUGGGAGCAGAAAUUGUUUAAAUAGGAGAAGUAGGUUUGGUUCUCSAGAAAGAGACUGGCUGCGAGAAGAUGUGAAGAGAGGCUGUGUUUACCUUUAUGGAGCUGACACGACCACUGCCAUUUCAACUACCACUUCCUCUACUGCUUCCUCCUCUUCCUCUGACUUACAUCUUGUCCUUUGCACAGUAGAGACACCAGCCUCAGAAAUUUGUGCUGGAGAGGGAAGAGAAAGUCUUUAUUUACAGCUUCAUGGAGACCUGGUUAGGAGACUGGAACCCACUGAACGACCUCUUCAGAUCGUUUAUGAGUACUUAUCCAGGCUGGGAUUUGAGGAUCCUGUACGCAUACAGGAGGAAGCUACAAAUCCUGACCUUGGCUGUAUGAUUCGAUUUUAUGGUGAGAAACCAUGCCAGAUGGAUCAUCUGGAUCGAAUCCUACUGUCUGGCAUCUAUAAUGUACGCAAGGGAAAGACCCAGCUGCAUAAGUGGGCUGAACGCCUAGUUGUUCUCUGUGGAACCUGCCUUAUUGUUUCCUCAGUGAAGGAUUGUCAAACUGGAAAGAUGCACAUUUUGCCUCUGGUUGGGGGGAAGAUAGAAGAAGUGAAACGCCGGCAGCAUUCCCUUGCAUUCAGCUCAGCUGGAGCCCAAGCUCAGACCUAUCAUGUCAGCUUUGAGUCUUUGGCUGAGUACCAGAGAUGGCAACGGCAAGCAUCUAAGGUGGUGUCCCAACGAAUCAGUACUGUGGAUCUUUCGUGUUACAGCCUUGAGGAAGUUCCUGAGCAUCUUUUCUACAGUCAAGAUAUCACCUACCUCAAUUUGCGACACAACUUCAUGCAAUUAGAAAGACCAGGGGGCCUCGACACACUCUACAAAUUUUCUCAACUGAAGGGCCUGAACUUGUCCCAUAAUAAACUUGGGUUGUUUCCUGUAUUGCUGUGUGAGAUUUCCACCCUGACUGAGCUCAACCUUUCCUGUAAUGGGUUUCACGACCUGCCAAGUGAGAUUGGCAGUCUGCUAAAUCUUCAAACCCUCUGUCUUGAUGGCAACUUUCUGACUACUUUACCUGAAGAAUUGGGAAAUCUGCAACAGCUUUCCUCCCUUGGAAUUUCCUUCAACAACUUUAGUCAAAUUCCUGAAGUUUAUGAGAAACUCGUAAUGGUAGAUAAAGUGGUUAUGGCAGGAAAUUGCCUAGAAAUCUUGAACUUAGGGGUGCUGAACAGGAUGAGCCAUAUCAAGCAUGUGGAUUUAAGGAUGAAUUACUUGAAUACCGUGGUUAUUGAAAAUCUGGAGGGAAAUAGAUACAUCACACACAUGGAUUUGCGGGACAAUCAACUGACUGACUUGGAUCUUAGCUCUUUAUGUAGCUUGGAACAGCUGCAUUGUGAGCGGAACCAGCUGAGGGAGCUGACACUCAGUGGCUUCUCCCUUCGAACUCUGUAUGCCAGUUCAAACAGACUGACUGCAGUAAAUGUCUACCCGGUGCCCAGUCUCCUCACUUCUUUGGAGCUCUCCCGAAACCUGUUAGAGUGUGUUCCAGACUGGGCUUGUGAAGCAAAGAAGCUGGAAAUACUAGAUGUGAGCUAUAAUCUUCUCACAGAAGUUCCUAUGCGAAUUCUGAGUAGCUUGAGUCUUAGGAAACUGAUGGUGGGACACAAUCAUGUCCACAGCCUUCCGGUGCUAGUGGAGCACAUCCCUCUGGAGGUGCUGGAUAUCCAGCAUAAUGUUCUCACCAAGUUGCCGGACACCCUCUUCUCCAAGGCCUUAAAUCUCAGAUACUUGAAUGCAUCUGCAAACAGUCUGGAGUCUUUACCUUCUGCCUGUGCUGGGGAGGAGAGUCUGAGUGUGCUGCAGCUGCUUUACCUGACCAGCAACCUCCUCACAGAUCAGUGCAUACCUGUCCUUGUGGGGCAUCCACACCUGCGAAUCUUGCACCUCGCAAACAACCAGCUACAGACCUUUCCCGCAAGUAAACUAAAUAAAUUGGAGCAAUUGGAGGAACUGAACUUAAGUGGCAACAAGCUUAAAACCAUUCCUACAACCAUAGCCAACUGCAGAAGGCUGCACACCCUUGUUGCACACUCUAACAACAUCAGCAUUUUCCCAGAAAUAUUGCAGUUGCCUCAGAUCCAGUUUGUAGACCUAAGUUGCAACGACUUGACAGAAAUUCUAAUUCCAGAGGCUCUGCCUGCUACGUUACAAGACCUUGACCUAACUGGAAACACGAACCUGGUUCUGGAACACAAGACACUGGACAUGUUUAGCCACAUCACAACCCUGAAAAUUGAUCAAAAACCAUUGCCAGCCACAGAUUCUACCGUUACAUCAACCUUCUGGAGCCAUGGACUGGCUGAGAUGGCAGGACAGAGAAAUAAGCUAUGUGUGUCUUCCCUAGCAAUGGAUAACUUUGCAGAGGGGGUUGGAGCUGUAUAUGGCAUGUUUGAUGGGGACCGAAAUGAGGAGCUCCCACGCCUGCUGCAAUGUACAAUGGCAGAUGUGCUUUUGGAAGAGGUACAGCAGUCAACAAAUGACACAGUUUUCAUGACCAACACUUUUUUGGUAUCUCACAGGAAAUUAGGAAUGGCUGGCCAGAAGCUGGGUUCCUCUGCUCUUCUGUGCUACAUCCGCCCUGACACUGCUGAUCCAACAAGUAGUUUUAGCUUGACUGUGGCUAAUGUUGGCACGUGCCAAGCAGUCCUGUGCCGAGGUGGGAAGCCAGUACCCCUUUCGAAAGUUUUCAGCCUGGAACAGGACCUGGAGGAGGCACGAAGGGUGAAGGAUCAAAAAGCCAUCAUUACAGAGGAUAACAAAGUGAAUGGGGUAACCUGUUGUACCCGGAUGCUGGGCUGUACAUACCUUUAUCCUUGGAUUCUCCCCAAGCCCCAUAUAUCUUCCACACCACUUACUAUUCAAGAUGAAUUGCUGAUUCUGGGAAACAGAGCAUUAUGGGAACACUUGUCAUAUAUAGAAGCUAUUAACGCAGUGCGUCACGUACAAGAUCCAUUAGCAGCUUCUAAGAAACUGUGCACAUUAGCACAGAGCUAUGGCUGUCAGGAUAAUGUGGGAGCCAUGGUGGUUUAUUUGAACAUUGGUGAGGAAGGCUGCACUUGUGAAAUGAAUGGACUCACCCUCCCAGGACCUGUGGGAUUUGCUGCCACCAGCACCAUCAAGGAUGCUCCUAAACCAACCACUCCUUCCUCCAGUAGUGGCAUUGCCUCCGAGUUCAGCAGUGAGAUGUCCACCUCGGAGGUGAGCAGUGAAGUGGGCUCCACUGCUUCUGAUGAACAUAACACUGUGGGCCUGGAGGCUGGUUUGCUUCCACGGCCAGAGAGGCGCUGCAGCCUCCACCCAGCACCCACCUCUGGGGUGUUUCAGCGCCAGCCUUCUUGUGCAACCUUCUCUAGUAAUCAGUCUGACAAUGGCCUUGACAGUGAUGAUGACCAGCCUGUUGAAGGGGUCAUAAUCAAUGGUAGCAAGGUAGAAGUAGAAGUAGAUAUCCACUGCUGCCGAGGAAGAGAUCUUGAGAGCUGUCCUACCCUUACAGAGAAUUCUUCCACCCCAUGUCCUGAGGAACAUGCUAGAGGGUUGUUUUUUGGGAUCCGGAGACAGAACAGUGUAAAUAGUGGCAUACUUCUGCCAAUGUGUAGGGACAAAAUGGAGUUACAGAAGUCUCCUUCUACUUCCUGUCUCUAUGGCAAGAAGCUCUCCAAUGGCUCAAUUGUGCCCCUAGAAGAUAGCCUGAACCUCAUUGAAGUGGCCACAGAAGCACCCAAGAGGAAAACUGGCUAUUUUGCUGCCCCUACUCAGCUGGAGCCAGAGGAUCAGUUUGUUGUACCUCGUGACCUGGAGGAAGAAGUGAAAGAGCAAAUGAAACAGCAUCAGGAAAGCAGGCCUGAGCCCGAGCCCAGUGAAGAGGAUCGGACCGAGCCCCCAGAGGAGUUUGACACAGCACUGUGAUUCUGCCACUGUUGCGGGCACAGUGUGAGAAAAGGCUUUUGUGGUGUUGGGGAGGGACCCUUCCAGAGGCAUUUUGCCUCUGUGUUUCUAACCAGAAAUGUGUGGGGUAAAACUCAAGAGCCCAAAAAGGUGAGAGCUUUCAGGGCCUGACCCUGGAUGAGCCAGUACCACCAUCAGUGUUAAGUUUUGCAUUUAACCUGCAUUGGAAUUCCCAGAGUUACUGGGUGGAAAGCAGAAGUCGUUCUCUGUCAGUCCUACCACCUGCCAUUAACCCUUUCUCUCCUAGGACCAUUUUGAGAAUUUGCCUGCCUGGGCAGGAAAGGGACUAUUUCUGUGGAGGAAAUAACUGAAGGUUGAUUCCCUUUACUAAUUGCUGCUGAUGGAUCUCCGUGACAGAGAAAUCACCUUAUCUUUCAGACUAACUAAUGGGGUGUGAUGUGACUAGUCACAUGGCUUUUCAUUCUUCUCUACGAGAAUAUAGCCUAUCAAAAUGAUGUUUAUUGGAGAUGUAGAACCAAUCAAACAGAUAAUUUAUGUAAGUAAUGUAAUGAGAGCACUUUGCAUUGACUGUGAACUUUUUAUUUUUGAAUCUGCACUCGAGCCAAUCUUCUUAGAGGCAGCCCAACAGCUUUGUCCAUAGGCAGAGAGGUAAUUGGGUAUUGAAGCCUUCUGUGAGGGUACUUGGAAAGGCCCUGGAUUGAGCUAUUGGAUGUCAAAGUGUGAAAGCUCCUGAGGAACAUGGGGUAGAGAGGAAUCUUCUUUUGGGGAUAAAGCUGGGGAAGGAGCAAAGACUUCCUUCCCCAUAUCAGAAAAAGAGUCAUUCCUUAACAGAUGUGAUACCCACUAGGAAUGUGAUUUGAGCAGAUCACAAGGUAGGCACUUGGGGAUUGGCCUCUUUCCCUUACCAUGUGGUAGAAUUGGCAGCCAGCUUCCUGACAGGCAGGGCCAACACCAGCACUGCUGGCAUCCAGGAAUCUUGAAUUAGAGCAGAUGAUUCCCAAACAGAUGGAGGCUAUGUGAGAACAGAUGGGUGGAUGGAGCUCACAGGUUAGAUGUGUUCCUUCUUUCUCCAAAGUGAGAAAUGGUUUUCUAGAAUGUUGGAAGUGAGUUGUCAAACCUUGCACUAAAGGUUUGACAAUGUACCUAUCUGAAAACUGCUAACUCGCUUCAUGUGGUUUCAGAAUACUGGACUCAAUACCAAUAUAAGACAGACUCGAGAAAUUCUUAACUUGAUUUUUUCUUUCUUUCUUUCUUUUUUUUUUUUUUUGCA